GAAUCCAAUUGACAAUACACAGCUCCACCUUGCUCAUAAUUCUUGAUUCCGAUUAACGGAAGUAGCUGAUGUCACGUGACCCUAUAACCUAUAUAUAGAGUGCACGGGAUUCUGAUGAUCACUGGCACGUGCCGAUAAGAGCAGACGACACGGUGGAAAGUUAUUGGCGAGCAAGUUUCAGUGUCUGUUUGUGCUGCUAUCAUGGCUGGAAGCGUUGGACGUUGGGAGCUGUUUAGCAGUGAAGGAUUUGAUGAAUAUAUGAAAGCAAUUGGCGUCUCCAACGAGAACAUAGAUAAGGCGAAGAGUGCUCUGUCUGCCGGGUCGAAGCUGGUGCAGGAUCUCUCCAACAACGGCAGUUCCUGGACCAUCAAGACCAUCACCAAGGCUGGAGAGAAGGAGGUCACGUUUACUCUGGGUGAAGAAUUUUCAACAGCCACUCUCGAUGGCAGGCCUGUGAAGGUUGUUGUUACGGAGGAAGGUGGCAGCUUGGUGGAGACACAAAAGGGGGAUGGAUUUGAGACCAAGAACGUGAGGACAGCAUCUGGAGAUGAGAUGGUCAUGACUAUGACCGGAAGUGGAGCGACGUGUACCCGGAAGUACAAGAAAAUUGGUUGAACAAAUCAUCUGGCCAUAUGAACUUUAGCAAAUGUAGUACCACUUUUUUGUGCACAUGUGUCCAAUGUUAAAGGUCUAUCUCGUGUUCUGAUUCGCGUGAAGGAAAUAAGUUCAGAGCUUUCAUUACAAUGAAAAGUAUUCCGAAAUGAUUUUGUCUGAGCGCUUUGUGUCCUUUUGUUGUUCAUCAAUUGUACUUGAAGAAGUCUGAUUGAUCUCUUCCAGUUUGUGGGUCCGUUGCUAUGGUAUUUAUAUAUGCAAAAACAUGGGACUUGACUGAGGUUCUCUACCUUGGCGGAAAAGUUAAUAUUGAAGUCACUGCUUCCUGUUUUAGUCCUGGAUAAAAAACAUCCAUAUACCUUAUUAACUAUAGCAUCACAAAAGCAUAUUCUAAUUUGACCGCAGAUAUUCUGAAAAUAUACAUAUUCUCGGUUGUAAAUGACUGUUCAGACAACGUCAGAGUUUCACCAUACCAUCACACCAGCGUCAUAAGUUGUGUCAAGUGUUUUGUCAAAUUUGCAUAUCACUGCCAACCGUAUGGGAAGAAGGCGAAGAGGUGUUACAGUAUCUCAAAAGCAAAUGAAAUUUCAUAUAUGUCGUAACUUCAAGGUAAUAAAACUACCACUUCUCUGAUAGUAAACUCACUGAAGACACUAUCCUGGCUAAAUGUGCUUAUGAUCUUUAGGCAAAGUUUUUGUCCAGAUGUUGCAAUAUCAUCGAUUGUCCUUGUUUUCUGUGAAAGAAGAGUUGGAUUUUUUUUUUCAAAAACGUGAUCAGGUAACCAUAAAACACUACAUCUCUAUCAGUAUAAACACCUUAAUGUUGAAAUAACGAGUUUCGAGUGUGGGUCUACAUUGUAUCAAUAUCCUUUCAAUUAAAAGUGUCACAUAUAUAUUUUAGUCGGAACUGCAGUGCUAGCAAAUAAGCUUCUGUAAUGAUAUGUGUUCAGCCUUGACGUCAAGAUGUGGUCAAGAGACAAGUCUUCAGGGAUGUUCGUGUGCUAUUUCAUUAUACAUUUCAUUUGUUCCGAUUCUACACAAUUACAAUACAUAUGUCAAUGUCGAGUGAGCUUUUUUAUGUAUAUUUUAAUUUGUCAGUCGUGUUGUUCUACAUGUAUGACGAUACUGAUUAAUAAAUGUUU